GGUGCCCCAUUGAAAAGGCUGCGGCGCUCCGGCCGCCCAGCACUCUCUCACUUCUGGCCAGGGAACGUGGAAGGCGCAGCGACAGGGAGCUGGCCAGAGAGGGCAAGUGAACGGAGGCAAUCAGAAAGAAAGGGGUUCACAAAAUAAUCCUAAAAAGUCAGAGCCGCAGGAGCAGUGAUCAAGACCAGGCGCCCAAGAGCGCAGCUUAGGACGGCAGGGACCGGGGACGCGGAGAGCGCGCUCGGCACAGACUUUUGCAGCUUCUCUUGGCUUUUUUUUUUCCUUUCUUUAACCAGAAGGUGCCAGCGGCAGCCUCACACGCGAGUGCCACGCGAGGCUCCCAAAGCCAACCGGGAAGGGAGGAGGGGAGGGAGGAGGCGGCGGCUUAGAGGGAGGACCACCGUUUGUACCAGCCUUGCUCCUUCUAAAUAGUCUCCCAGGGAAUUUUGCAUUUCUUCAACUUCCCUCGGGACUCCCUCCUCAUCUCUUCUUUCCUUCUCUGUUCUUGGACCCAAGUCUCCUCUGUGCCCUCGCACCUAGCGCCCCCACCCUCUACCCCGCUCACUCUGUUCCCGAGACUCCUUAGCUGUCGCUGCGCGCAUGGAGAGCUCUGCUAAGAUGGAGAGCGGAGGCGUGGGCCAGCAGCCCCAGCCGCAGCCGCCCUUCCUGCCACCCGCAGCCUGCUUCUUUGCCACGGCCGCAGCCGCCGCGGCCGCUGCGGCCGCAGCCGCAGCGCAGAGCGCGCAGCAGCAGCAGCAGGCGCCGCAGAUGAGCCCGGCAGCCGACGGCCAGCCCUCAGGGGGCGGUCACAAGUCAGGGCCCAAGCAAGUCAAGCGACAGCGCUCGUCCUCGCCCGAACUGAUGCGCUGCAAACGCCGGCUCAACUUCAGCGGCUUCGGCUAUAGCCUGCCACAGCAGCAGCCGGCCGCCGUGGCGCGCCGCAACGAGCGCGAGCGCAACCGCGUCAAGCUGGUGAACCUGGGCUUUGCCACUCUGCGGGAGCACGUCCCCAACGGCGCAGCCAACAAGAAGAUGAGCAAGGUGGAGACGCUGCGUUCGGCCGUCGAGUACAUCCGCGCGCUGCAGCAGCUGCUGGACGAGCACGACGCGGUGAGCGCCGCCUUCCAGGCGGGCGUGCUGUCACCCACUAUCUCCCCCAACUAUUCCAACGACAUGAACUCCAUGGCCGGUUCUCCCGUCUCUUCCUACUCGUCGGACGAGGGCUCCUACGACCCGCUCAGCCCCGAGGAGCAGGAGCUGCUCGACUUCACCAACUGGUUCUGAGGGACUGGGCCUGUCAGGCCUGGGUGCCAGUGGAUUUUGGAAGCAGGGUGACACACUUCCUGCCUCUUUCGUGCUUUUUGGUCAGUGACGUGAGAGGGAGGGAAAAAGUGAAAAGAAAAAAAAAACAUAACAGAAGAAGAUUUAAAAAAAAAGAAAGGGGCAACCUCCCAAAACAAACCAGGGGCAACCAACCCCAACGCCAGCUACGGCCUGGGAGGCAAGACUCCAGGGAUGCGUCCAGAGCCGCACCCUUGCGCUCCCGUCGUUCACGGAGAUAACCAAGAGCGACUAGGACCCGAGUCAAGGCACAAAAUCCAGCGAGAGCAGCGGGCUCCUGACAGAAGGGAGCAGCACCUGCCGCAGAGUAACUCCCACCCACCACUAACUCACAGAGUUGAAAGCGCCAGCGCAGGCGCCACCUCCCCGCCCUCUUUGAAAGCCUAGUUCUUAGCCCUGUACAAACGGGUUGGU